AUGGCAACCUGUUCCCAGAGCUCUGCUUGUCCCCAAUCCCCUCUCAAUCAAGGAGAGUUGGGACCCACUCUUCCGGCAACCGCCGUUGAGUCAACAAGCCUUGAACCAGAGGUCUACGGGGAAGUAUCCCUCAGCCAAGCAAUCUCCCUUAUCCUGGGAUUGCAAAACCAAGUCCUCUGGCUUGAGCGGGAACUCAAAGAAACCAAGGAAGCAACAAAGGAAGCCCAAGACUGGAUGGGAGCAGUCAAUCAAGCCCUCACUUGCAUUGAGGCUAGGGGUGGAGCCCCACACACACCAGAAGACCGGAAACCCCCGGCAGUUGAGGCCACGCCCAGGCCCUUACCAAAAACCGACCCUAUUCCAGCGCCUAGUGCGCCCCUUGUUGCCUGGGCCAACCCCACAAAAGCUCCCCCUGCCUUUGCCCAGCCAACCCCAGUAUGGGCCCCCCCAAGAGGCUAUACUCCCCCUCCGCCUUUGCCUAUCCAACUCCGCUCCCCCCAAGUCCCACAACCAGUGGCCCCUGUAGCCACUUAUCAAGCCCCGGUCAAGGUGGACCACCCUGACGCCUAUACGGGGAAGAUAGGGAACAAAGCCCGCCAAUGGCUCACGCGGAUGUUGGCAUGGGUACAUCUAAAUCAACAGAUGUUCCCCACGGAUCAGGAGGUCCUGUUGUUCCUCCUAAUGAACAUGAAGGACGUAGCAGGAGCCUGGGCUCACCCCCACCUCAACCAACUUGGGUCCCACAGGGCCCUUAUCCAAACAGUUGACAAGUUUAGGACGGAGUUUUUGGCCGCAUUUGGGAACCCCAAUGCCACGCAAGCCGCCAAGCGGCAAAUUACACAGCUUACUCAGACAGGGACCUGCGCUGAGUACAUUACAAAGUUCAGGACCAUUGCUAUGGACCUGGACUGGAACAAUGCCGCCCUCCGUGGGCAAUUUGCACAUGGCCUCCACUGGGAGGUCAGCCGUCUUAUUGCCACCCGCAAACGGCGCCCAACCACCCUCCUUGAGCUGCAGAAUGUGGCUCUGGUCAUCAAUAACGCCCUCCGUGAGGAGCGUGCCAGCCACCUGCCUAAGGGAAGGCGCCUCUCCAGCAAUCCCAACUUUGUCUCCAAGGAGGAGCAAAACCGCCGCCGGGCUGAGGGCCUAUGCAUCAAGUGCGGCAAAUCAGGCCAUAAAUUUGCGGAAUGCCGCACUGGCUGGAAGGCCACGCCUAAGGAGGAAGGUGUCAAGAAAGAAGCCGCCAAGGUUGGCAAAGAGUCUGGACCCAAAUCGGGAAAAGACUAA